AGACUGCGGCUGAGUCCCUUCCUGGGACGUAGCGGUAAACUCGACUCUCCGACGUCUCCGGGGGUUAUGAUGCUACCGAGACCACAGUGGACGAGUGGACAAGCAGAAGCCCCCAGCCCCAGCGAAUUUCCUGGAGACAGAACCAAGAAAGCUUCCUCACGGGAAGACAGUUUCCCCGGGGUGAGGAGAGCGUGGGCCUGCAGCCCUCUCCGCGCUGGCCUCGCAACCCGGAAACAGAUGUGGGCGGCGGCGCUGCCGGGUUGCAGUUCCGGGUCAGGCCAGUUGCAGACUGCGCUGUGUUGCUGCCGCAGUGCCCCGCCUCUGCGCUCUGGACUUGGCGGUAGCUGCCCGGCAGCUCCUAGAGUCAAAUGGCUGAGGGAGAUCCAGGGACCGACCAGAGGCAGAAUGAGGAAAUUGAAGCCAUGGCAGCUAUAUAUGGCGAUGACUGGUGUGUCGUUGAUGAGUGUGCCAAAAUAUUUUGUAUUAGAGUUAAUGACACUGCAAAAAAUCCCAAAUGGACACUUUGCUUGCAGUGCUCCUUGGCUUAGAGGGCAAGAACGUAUGGAUUUAUCCAACAGCCUUGAGGAAAUAUAUAUACAAAACAUUGGUGAAAGUAUUCUUUACCUGUGGGUGGAGAAAGUAAGAGAUUUUCUGAUACAAAAGUCUCAGAUGGCAGAACCAGAACCAGAAACAACCAAGAAGGCUGAAGAGGAAGAGUAUGAAGAUGAAGAAGAUCUUGCUGUAGCAUGUGAUUCAGAAAGCCCAGUUAAAGAAUUGGAUGCUGAGACCAGUGAAAAUAAAACAGAAACAGAAGAAUUACCUCCAAUUGAUCAUGGCGUUCCUAUUACAGACAGACGAAGCACUUUUCAGGCGCACUUGGCUCCAGUAGUUUGUCUCCAGCAGGUGAAAAUGGUUCUUUCCAAAUUGUAUGAGAAUAAGAAAAUAGCUAAUGCCACCCACAACAUUUAUGCAUACAGAAUUUAUUGUGAGGAUAAACAGACCUUCUUACAGGACUGUGAAGAUGACGGGGAGACAGCAGCUGGUGGGCGUCUUCUCCACCUCAUGGAGAUUUUGAAUGUGAAGAAUGUCUUGGUGAUAGUAUCACGCUGGUAUGGAGGUAUUCUGAUAGGACCAGAUCGCUUUAAGCAUAUCAACAACUGUGCCAGAAACAUACUCCUGGAGAAGAACUAUAUAACUUUACCGGAGGAAUCAUCUAAGGCUGCGGGAAAGAGCAAAAAAGUGAAAAAAGACAAGAAGAGGAGCGAGCAUUAAUACCUGAAACUACAAAAGGCUAAUUUGCCAACAAUCCAUUCAAAUUGUAGUCAUCAAGGAGUAUAUUGUGCAGAGAACCCCGCUGACUGUUCAAGUCAGCCAACUCAUUGUGGCCACCAACAUUAUCUUUGCUUCUUUGGCUGUAUCAUCUGCCAAAAAUAGAGAGCUUUAGAUAUAUCCAUGUGUGCUUCAGGCUUAUUCGGAAGAAUUAAUUUGAACUUAAUCACCACUUCAUCUAAUUUUAGGAAGGUAACAGUUGCCUGGGGCAGGACCCGAAUUAACUGCCCAUUUCAGUUACAUGACGAGUACCUUUGUUAGGUAGGGAAGGAAUUUCUUUAGAGGCAUUUAAAUAGAUGAUUUCUUGUCAUUGGAAUUUUCAUUCUGUUCAAUGAAUAUUGCCUUUCACUGCUCUUCAUCCCUUAUAGGAGCUCACUAAAGAUUGAUCUUGGAGAGUUUCUACUUGUGAUUUUAGUUCAUAAGUAUGUCACCUUUCAUUCUUUAGUGUCCAUCAUCGAGUAAUGAAUUAGUGAAAAUCCAGUAGUAUCCAUCUGCAGAUAUAUGCUGAGGUGGUAAUUCUCCUAACGUAUUUGUUAGCAUAAAUGUUAUGCCUCAAUUUCUGUAGCAAAUCGGUGAUUGUGAAAUUUUAAAAAAGUAAUAUUCUAGUCUCUACUUGCUUUGGCUUAAUUCUUGUGAAGUAAUAAAUAUGGAGUGUCAGUAGGCUCCUCCCACCCCAGAAAUGUGUUAGUGUAACAUUCUGAUUUAAUAACGUGUAAGUACCUUUCUUGUGCUCUUCAUUGAGAAAUUGAAACCAUCCUAGAAGCUGUGCCAUGGUUGAUGGGACAUUUAUGGAACGGGAUACAGGGUGGCAGAAUAAUACUGAUAUAGAGCAAAGGUAUGUUGUACAGUUAAAUAAAUCUGAUGCACACUGCCACUUCCACUUGAGACAGCUUUUGUCAGUUCCAUGAUUUUGUGGAGAGAAGGAACAAACCUUUUAAUUGAAACCACAAAGAAAAUCCCUCUUUUUUUCUAAUUUGAUUAAAUCUCUUUUUAUAAAUAUUUUGUUUCUUUCAUCUGCAGUUUGUUCAGUUUAGCUCUAGGCAUUUCGAUAAUAAAUUUACCUUUGAGAUAUUAUAAUAAGUAAUUUACUGUUUCCUUUGAGAUAUGAUUGUAAAGAGUUGUUAAAGUAUGAAUCGAUCACACAUUUGCCUGAGAUUCCCUUUCCCAAAGGAGGGACCAGAAAUUAGGAGGCAUCUUUGGGAUGGCGCUAGAGCAUGCAAGGCAUCAGAGAAAAUGGGUAGACAGAUUUUAUUUUUUCCCUUUUCUCUGAGAUUUUACCUUUAAAAGAUUCAACAUCCCUACUUAGUAUUUUUAAUAAAAAAUAAUAUAUAACCUUAUAUCAGCAUGGAUUCUGAGAAUUAUAUUUGUUAUAAGUGUAUUUUAAUGUUGUCAGUUAUCAAGAGUCAUCAGAGGAUGACCCAUAGUACCUCAGGGUCCAUGGAGUUAAGUAUGUCCUAUGUACUAACUGUUGAAGUAAUUAAAGAAGUUAAGACUAUUAAUUAACGUUAACACAGUUUUCCAAUUUUGGCAUGUGAGACCUGUGAAAGGAGAUAUAAAACAACAAGAAUUUGGUGCUGCAGAAAAAGAAAUGUGAGUUAAUUUUUCUGCAGUAUCAAAUUAGAAUUUCUUUCAUGCCAUUUUAUCUAAUGUUUAUUCAGGUCUUUACAGAAAGCACCCUUUAUAUUCUAAUUUCCCCUUAUUUUUAGAAAGUCUUAAUUCCGUGUGUUUCUACAGAAUUAUUAACCAUAUUUUACUGACUAAAAACCUAAUCUCCUUUGCCGAAAGUCAGCUAGCUAGUAAGGAGAGAUUCAGAGUUCUCCAAGUCUUUAAUCCUGAGUUAUUUCAUACUCUACCAUUAUGGACACCCUAAUGAUAGGAGUUUUUUUUUUUUUUUUUCUCUAUUUAAAAUUUCUCUUGAUUAGAGAAUUUUCAAAUUCUCCAAAUAAUUUUUUAUAGCCAGAUCUAUGCUGUGGCAUAUUUUACAGUAUAUUCUAUUAAUUGAAAAUAUUAUCCACAUGCCAGCAUAAGAACAAGUAGCAUCUACUUUUUAAAUGAGAGUAGGAGUAGCUCCAUCAAAAGUGUGCUUUGGAGAGGUAUAAGUCAUGAAACAGAACCUAUAUGAAGUGAAUUAUAUCAAAGUAAUCUUAGUCAAGAAAUAGCAUGAAGCAGGUAUUGUUUGGAGGACAAGUGAAAUUUAUUGCGAGAAUUGCACAAAUCACCUGUAAUCUCACUAUCCAGAGAUAGCCAUUGUUAACAUUUGGUAUGUACAUUAUUCUAUUUUUCUUCUAUGCAUGAUUUUGUAUAUAUGAAUAUUUUUCUUUCCACAAAUAGAUGGUAUUAAACUGUAUAUAUUGUUCUUUGUUCUGUAAAUUUCAUAUAGAAGUAAUAUUGUUAACAUUUUCUCAUAUCAAUAAAUAUUCUAUGGCAUAAUUUUUUUAUUGUGGUGAUUAUACAAAUACGUAUAACAUAAAACUUGCCCUUUUAACCAUUACUAAGUGUAUGUACAGUUCGGUGGCAUUAAGUACAUGCAUAAUGUUGUGCAGCCAUCACCAUUCUCUAUUUCCAAAACUUUUUCACUACCCCAAACAGAAGCUCUGUGCCCAUGCACACAGCAACUGCCUGUUCCCCUGUCCCUCAGCCCCUGGUAACCUCUCAUCUACUUUCUAUGUGUAUUUGCCUGCUCUGGUUACCUCACGUAAGUGGAAUCAUACAAUAUUUGUCCCUUCAUGCCUGGCUUAUUUCACUUAGCAUGUUACCAAGUUUCAUCCAUGUUGUAGUAUA